UCCCCCACGCCCAUGCAUCAAACUAAAUAAUUGAUUAGAAAAGAUAAACGCACUUGCAUUCUGGUCGACAUAUAACGUGUUGCCAAUGGGCAGGGAGGCUCAUUUCUGGUGAACAUCCAAAGCACUCAGGAGGAAUCUUAAACAAGACAAUAAGGACUACAGUGUAUUACUUAGCCAUAACAGAGCGAGAGUCAGCAAAAAUGAUGACUUUACAGAAUGUCAAAAUAUUAGCAGUAUUUCUCCUUUGUCAGUCGGCGUUCGUUGAAUCAGCUGUUGAGGAAUGUAGCGGUGAUGCUGAAUAUUCCAUCUCGGGAAUGAUGCUACGGCGACACAUCUACAAGACGAUCACAGGAGCACCGCUCGGUAAUGUGUGCCUACGGGAAUGUUAUCGUGACGCUAGAUGCCAAAGUUUUAAUUACGUCAUUUCCAAGGAAACGUGUGAAUUGAACAACCGCACCAAGGAAGCGAGACCUGAAGAUUUCGUUUCCGACUCUGAGAGAUAUUACUUCAAGCGAGACAUGAAUAGAGUUCGGCUUGGUUCUAUCCCAGAUCUGCCCGCAGAAUCUUGCAAAGAAAUCAAGGCAAGUGAAGGAGAAUGGGCUGAUAGCGGAAACUACUGGCUUCAUUUCCUUGAGAUUGAGAAAAUUUUACUUUCCUACUGUGACAUGAAGACAGAGGGUAAGAAACACUAACAAAAAUGAUAUAAUAACCCAAAACAGAUUUGAUUUGACAAGACAAGACAGAAAAGGACAGGACUGUAAACUGAAGGACAGAAUAGGACACACAGGAGAGGACACUCAGGGCAGCGCAGGACAGGAAAGGAGGGAAAAGGAAAGGAGAAAACAACACAGGGCUUACGGAGAAGAAAAGGAUAAGACACUCUGGACAAGAUAACGCAGGAUAGAACACUCAGAGUGGGCCAGGACGGGACAGGACAGGACUAAGACAGGACA